CAAAAAACUGAGUCAAAGGACUCGGCCACAUUAAAAUCGAAACCCACACCCAAAGCAAUUUCCACUCUUAUAUCGCAACUCAGGCAGUAGAAGAAGAAGAAAACGAGCAAAGAGGAGGAGCUUCAAAUUCUUCAUUGGUUGAUAAGUUGUUUCUGCGAUGCACCGUGUGGGUAGUGCAGGGAACACAGCCAAUUCCACUCGCCCUCGUAAAGAGAAGAGAUUAACAUAUGUGUUGAGUGAUGCUGAUGACACAAAGCAUUGUGCCGGCAUAAAUUGUUUGGCUGUAUUGAAGGCAUCAGUGUCUGGGUGUGAUUACCUGUUCACUGGAAGCCGUGAUGGCACACUAAAAAGGUGGGCGCUGGCUGAAGAUGCUGCUACAUGCUCAGCAACCUUUGAGUCUCAUGUGGACUGGGUUAAUGAUGCUGUUCUUGCAGGUGAUAAUACGCUUGUUUCUUGUUCUUCAGAUACUACCCUCAAGACUUGGAAUUGCUUGUCGAAUGGAACUUGUACCAGAACUCUUCGUCAGCAUUCUGACUAUGUCACUUGUCUUGCCGUGGCAGAAAAAAAUAGCAAUGUUGUUGCCUCUGGGGGACUUGGAGGGGAGGUAUUCGUAUGGGAUCUUGAAGCAGCUCUUACUCCGGUCUCAAAGUCAGGUGAUUCAAUGGAAGAUGACUCUUCAAAUGUUGUCAAUGGUUCUGGAAAUGCACUACCGAUUACAAGUUUACGUACUAUCAGCUCUAGCAACAGUAUUUCUGUGCACACAACUCAGUCGCAUGGAUAUGUUCCAGUUCCUGCCAAAGGCCAUAAGGAAUCAGUUUAUGCUUUGGCAAUGAAUGAUAGUGGAUCACUCCUUGUCUCUGGUGGAACAGAGAAGGUUGUGCGUGUUUGGGACCCUAGAACUGGUUCGAAGACCAUGAAACUAAGAGGGCAUACAGACAAUAUCAGGGCUCUGCUUCUUGAUUCUACUGGAAGAUACUGCUUAUCAGGAUCUUCUGAUUCUAUGAUCAGGCUAUGGGAUCUUGGUCAGCAACGAUGUGUGCAUUCUUAUGCUGUGCACACAGAUUCUGUUUGGGCACUUGCCAGUACCCCGACAUUUAGUCAUGUAUAUAGUGGUGGGAGGGACCUUUCUUUAUACUUGACAGACUUGGCCACAAGAGAGAGUCUUUUGCUUUGCACUGGGGAACACCCCAUUCUGCAGUUGGCCUUACAUGACGAUAGUAUAUGGGCUGCAACAACGGAUUCUUCAGUUCAUAGAUGGCCUGCUGAAGGGCGCAAUCCUCAGAAGAUUAUUCAAAGAGGUGGUGCAUUCUUGGCUGGAAAUUUGUCCUUUUCAAGAGCAAGGGUGUCCCUAGAAGGAUCAACCCUAGUCCCUGUUUAUAAAGAACCAAUAUUUACGAUUCCUGGAACUCCUGGAAUAGUGCAGCAUGAAAUAUUAAACAAUAGAAGGCAUGUCUUGACAAAGGAUACUGCUGGUUCGGUCAAGUUGUGGGAGAUUACUCGGGGUGUUGUUAUUGAGGAUUAUGGAAAGGCCACAUUUGAGGAGAAAAAAGAAGAGCUUUUUGAGAUGGUGAGCAUUCCUGCAUGGUUCACAGUGGAUACCAGGCUUGGAAGUUUAUCUGUACAUCUGGACACCCCACAAUGCUUUUCAGCAGAGAUGUAUUCAGUAGACCUUAACAUUGUGGGGAAGCCUGAGAGGAUUAUUAGGCAAAUCUAUGUUAAUCUAGCACGAGAAACCCUUAAAGGGCUCUUGGCUCACUGGUUGGCAAAAAGAAAGCAAAGAUUUGGAGUGCAAGCAUCUGCUAAUGGGGAUGCACCAUCUGGAAAGGAAGUUACCACUAGAAGUAUUACGCAUUCAAGAAUUGAGGUGGAUAGUAAUACUGAAAACGAUUCAAUGGUCUAUCCUCCCUUUGAAUUUUCUACAGCUUCCCCUCCUUCGGUUAUAACUGAGGGCUCUCAGGGAGGCCCAUGGAGGAAGAAAAUCACUGACCUAGAUGGUACUGAAGAUGAGAAGGACUUUCCUUGGUGGUGUCUCGAUUGCGUGUUGAAUAAUCGCCUACCCCCUAGAGAGAACACCAAGUGCAGUUUUUAUCUACAUCCAUGCGAAGGUUCAGCUGUUCAGAUCCUCACACAAGGGAAACUUAGUGCACCUCGUAUAUUACGAAUUCAUAAAGUUGUUAAUUAUGUAAUUGAAAAGAUGGUCCUUGACAAACCAUUGGAUAGUGCAAAUCCUGAUACAACACUUGCUCCUGGUAUUGCUGGAGGACCAGUGCAACUAUCAGCCAUUGGAGAUGGAUCUUUUCGAUCUGGAUUGAAGCCAUGGCAAAAGCUUAAGCCUUCUAUAGAGAUAUUGUGCAAUAAUCAGGUCUUGUCCCCAGAAAUGAGCUUAGCCACAGUGCGGGCUUAUAUAUGGAAGAAAUCUGAGGACCUGAUUCUCAAUUACAGGGUGGUUCAGGGAAGGUGAUUGUGUGCUAGAUUCCGGAGGUGAUAUUGUGUUUAAGAUAAAGGGGAAAUAUUGAUUUUUCUGGGGAAGCUCUUGGUAUUCAGAAAUACAUUUGUAAAGUUUGAAAACCAAUUGAUUGCGGAAUCCAGUGGCAUCCCCCAAAACUUGCCAAGACGGCUCUGGUUAAGCAUGUUCCUUGUUGGGCAGGUUGGGCACCCAUAAAUCUUGAACUUUGUCGCUGACAUGAAAGCUUUUGCUGGACGCUGCAGAUUUUCUCAAUUGGUUGUCUGCAUGUGACAGUAGAUAGAGUUUUCGACUGUGGAUGAGAAAUUAACAGGAAGUAUCUUGGAACUUCCCAAGAGCCGAAUUAGACACAUGAUGAUGAAAGAUUUGUAGAUUUGUACUGUCAGUUAUGAUACUUAGCCAUAGAAUAUUCUAUUGUGAAGGGGAUUUUAAUUUCUUUUUUGUUUCAUGGAAUAAGACAGUCCCAUUUCAAUUCCAUAUCCAGACUUGUGCUGCUCUUUAAUGUAGUUCCUAUUUUAUAUAAGAUCAUACUAAAUGAAAUCCCAAUUUUGCAUUA